AUGCCAGCUCAACUAAGAACAAAUGCAUCAACUGCGAAAACCAGAGGACAAAAAGCGAAAGCUGCUCCAGUGAACAAAGUUGCAACUCGUGGAAUUGCGAGAAGUGUGGCGAAAAUGGCUUUGGCUGAAACGACUGCGUCAAGAAAAAGAGCCAAGAGUGUUGCACCAAAGUCUGCUGAAACGACAUCCAAAAAGAGAAAAGAUGUGAGUUUUUCUUCAUAUUUCAAAUAUUUUUUGCCAAAACAUUUAGACGUUCUCUCAAAAAAAUUGAAUAACAAAAAGAAAAAGAUAUUAAUUAAAAUUUGAAUUUCAGGUCGGCGAGGUCAAUUCCGAAGAUGUUCGAAAUCAAAGAAGUUCUCGAGCCCGAGGAAAAACUCCUGCUCCCAAAGCGAUUUCAACUUCUGCAUGCUCAACAGCAAAAUCUGCGCAAGGAUCGAAGGCGAAAAAAUCGGUUAGUUCAAUUUUUAUCUCCAUAUGAAACUUUCAACAAAAAAUUCAUCAAAAAUAAGAAAAUUUAGCAUUAAUCUUUAAAAAAAAUUCCAAACAAAAAUAUCAAAGUUUGAAAUAACAUAGAAUAUCAAUAAAAAUUUCAGACUCAAUCGGCAUCGAAAUCGAAUGACGUCAAAAGAUCGAGAUCGAAAUCGAAAUCAAUCAACUCAAAGGCUCAUGCAUCAGUGCCAAUAAUUCAUCGCCGUAUACUAGUUGGAGGAAUUCCUGGACCUGAAGCUUAUGUUCUUCCUUCACCCGAACCAGUUGCAACUUCAACAGGAGAUCAAUCGGAAGAUACUUCAACUUCUGCACUCUCAACGGAAAAAUCUGCGCAAGGAUCAUCGGCAGAUAAAUCGGUUAGUUCAAUUUUUAUCUUCAUAUAAAGCUUUCAACAAAAAUCAAUCGAAAAAAUAAAAAUUUAGUAUCAAUCUAGAAAGAAUUUCAAACCAAUUUUAGAAGAAGAAAUCAUAAAGUUUAAAAUUUCCAAAGAAAUAAUUGAAAAUAAACAGAAAAAAGUUUGAAAUAACUGAAAAUGUAAUUCAACUUUUCAGGCUCAAAUGCCAACGAAAUCCGUCAAUCCAAGUGCUGUCGCAACAUCAACAACAGUAGCAGAUGUUCCUAUGCCAGUUGAAGGAAUUCCUGGAUCCGAAGCUGAUGUUCCUUCUUCAACCGAACCAGUUGCAAUUUCAUCAGGAGAUCAAUCUAGUCCAGAUGUUCCAAGUUCGAGCGGACCAGUUGCAGUUCCAUCAGAAGACCAAUCGAGAGCGGAAGAUCCAUCUUCAACCGAACCAGUUGCAGUUCCAACAGGAGAUCAAUCCAGUCCAGAUGUUUCAUCUUCCAGCGGACCACUUGCAAUUUCAUCAGGAGACCAAUCGAGUCCAGAUGUUCCAUCUUCCAGCGGACCACUUGCAAUUCCACCAGAAGACCAAUCGAGAGCGGAUGAUCCAUCUUCCAGCGGACCACUUGCAACUCAAUCAUUUGAUUCUGAUCCUUGGUUCCUAGAGGUUAGUUUUUUUUUGAUUUAUAAAGAAUUCUCACUAGCAAAAAUUACCAUUGAAAAGUAUAAUUUAUAAUAUCCAACAAAAGUGAUCUCACAAGUUGAUAUUCAAAAAUUUCAAACCACUAAAGUUUUCCACAAGCCUCAUGAAAAUUGGAAUUUCAGAGUGGCCCCAUUCCACAACAUUUUGAUGCUCCAAUUCCUGAAUACUUUAUCAGAGAAUAUCAAAGACUUUUGCCUUUUGCCAAUCUGAAAUUCGUCUCAUUGGAAGGUAUUGUAAGGUUGGAAACGUGGAUGGAGUAUCUGGUAGACAUAAAGAAACCUGAUCGCUAUGUACUGAUGAUGAAAAUCGAAAGAUGUUUAGUUUGUCCAAAUUUACCAGUGGAUAGGAUGACCGAAAAUUUGGAUAGUAUGCUCAAAAAAAGUUUAUCGCACGUUGAUGGGAAUAUAUUUGAAACACCAAUAAGUCUAACGUGAGUUUGGGUUGCGAGGGACCUGAAGGCUUCAGGAAAAAAAAUAGAUUUUCAUCAAAACACAUUUAAAAUUAUUUUUUCCAGAAUUUAUCAUCCAAAACUUCCUGGUGGUCGAGUAGGCUGGAAGAACCAACCAAUGCGUGUGUUAAAUGGGGAAAAUGUGAUGAAGCAUUUGUUGACUGCUCAACAAUUGCAUCCCGAAUUCAAAUUCAAUGAACAUCUUCGUGUUUUGAUUAAUAUCAAUUUGCCGCUGACUCACGCUCCACAGGUUGCUGACGACGGUUCACAAAGUACUCCUCCUCCAACUGCUCAAGAAUCAGGAAACACCUUUUUUAUGUAA